UGGGACUGACAAUUAGUAAAUAAAUGUAUUAUUAGCAAGGGUUUGCAUAGGGAUGGUAGGGAUAUAAGAGGAUGCUUCAGGAUGCUCAAAUUGUCUCCACCAACUUUUCAGCAACCUUAUUUGCCUUAAAAAUGACUUCAGUUAUAUAGGUAAUUUAAAUUGUCUUCUCAUAUAUUGUAGGAUCGAUGUACAACAUAAGAUCAAUUGGCUAACUUGCCUAGCAAGAAUCUGCUAGCUUAAAUGCAUAAAGUGUUGUUUUUUACAAUGCGCUUAACAAAUCGUCCAACCACAUAUUUCCACAAAAAAACUGCUAAAUAUCCCUCUAAACUAAAUUAUGAAUCAUUUUAGCUGGAACAAAAACUCAGCUUACGUUGGUCUUAACAGAGAGCAGCUGGAUCCAGCCAUAUUAGUUAUGUCAUUUUCACUCUUGCCACAAGAGGACAGUGUAUCGAUCCAAAUCAAUAAAACUAAAUGCAAACACGUUAAAAACAAACCAUUUCAACAGCACUUAAAUUAUACAAAUCCUCGAAGCAACAAAAUUUGAUUCGCUUUCUUCUAAUCGAAUUACUCAAAUUAAUCGAUUAAUCGUUACAGCACUAGUGAAAACCUUUGAAUGAAAUAAACUCACAAUCUGUUAAAGCAAGGGUAUCCAACUCUGGUCCUUGAGCGCCCCUAUCCAGCUUGUUUUCCAUGUCGUAUAACCAUGUUGUUUCUUUGGUCCUCAGGUGGUUUUGGCUAAGCAAAGAAAAUGACCGUCUCUAAGGUGUUAGUCACGUGAUCUGUUCGAAAAUUAAUUUUGACCCUUUAUAAAACUUUUUUUUUUUGGUUCAUUUCAUUCAUUUUUGUUGUUGUUUUAUUGCUUUACAACUUUUAUAGACAACAUUUUACCGGCAAAGUCUUAAUUUUAAAUUAAUGUAUUAGAAAGUCAAUUGCAUGCAAUGACAAUUUCAACCAGCUCCUCCGGUGGGAUCCCAAGGCGUUCCUAGGCCAGCCGAGAGACAUAGUCUCUCCAGCAUGUUCUGGGUCAUCCCUGGGGCCUUCCGCCGGUGGGACAUGCCCGGAACACCUCUCCAGUGAGGCGUCCAGGAGGCAUCGGAACCAGAUGCCUGAGCCAUUUUAGCUGGCUCCUCAACGUGGAGGAGUAGCGGCUCAACGUCGAGUCCCUCCCGGAUAACCGAGCUUCUCACCCUAUCUCUAAAGGAGAGCCCGGACACCCUGCGGAGGAAACUCAUUUCGGCCACUUGUAUCCGGGAUCUUCGUCUUUUGGUCGCGACCCACAGCUCGUGACCACAGGUGAGGGUAGGAACGUAGAUCGACUGGUAAAUCGAGUGCUUUGCCCUUUGGCUCAGCUCGUUCUUCACCACAACAGACCGGUGCAGAGUCCGCAUUCCUGCAGACGCUGCACCGAUCCGCCUGUCGAUCUCCCGCUCCCUCCUACCCUCACUCAUGAACAAGACCUCAAGAUACUUGGACUCCUCCACUUGGGGCAGGAUCUCAUCCCCAACCCGGAGAGGGCACUCCACCCUUUUCCGACUGAGGACCAUGGUCUUGGAUUUCGAGGUGCUGAUCUUCAUCCCAAAUGCUUCACAUUCGGCUGCAAACCGCUAAAGUGAGAGUUGGAGGUCAUGACCCGAUGAAGCCAACAGCACCACAUCAUCUGCAAAAACCAGAGAUCCAAUGCUGAGGUCACAAAACUGGACCCCCUCAACGCUUCGGCUGCACCUAGAAAUUCUGUCCAUAAAAAUUAUGAACAGAAUCGGUGACAAAGGGCAGCCUUGGUGGAGUCCAACCCUCACUGGGAACGAGUUACCAAGGGGCUCGGUACCUUCGAAAAUGUAUUAGCAAUUGUUAAUGGAUAUGUAGCAGAAAAACAGAGCGAAGGCUUAUUUUCCAAGAAUUUGAACAUCAAAAUGUCCUUCACUUCUGGAAUGACCCGAGCUCGUCUGUGGUGCAGGAGGGCCCAGUUCAUUAGUCACCAUGCUGGGUUUUUAUCUAUAAAUCAGUCUGGUGGCAUUUGCGAGCGAGCAAAAUGAGGGAUUGGACAUGUACAAGCUCUCUUUUUUAAAAAAAAUACUUCCUGAGGUCAAUUGUCUCCAAGUAGCCAUUCUUCCCCGAGACAAUUUCAAUUGUGUUUUCGCUCCCUGCCGUUUCAGAGCAAAGUAAAUAACUCUUACUUAUUGGAAUGUAUUCGAAUUCAGUGACAUUGCUAACCUUGACCUGAGUUGUGUGAUAUUCUGACUAGCCUCAUAGUUGGAAAUAUUUACGCAAAAUAAAUGCUACAUGUACGGUUUCUUUGCUUUUAACCAAGCAUCAAGACUGUUUUACGUCCAUAUCUGUGAAGAAUUCGGGGAUUUAAGCAUUUCUACACAAGAAUUUUCGCCAGAAAAGCUCCGUUUACGCCAGGCGGCCGCUAGCCUCAUUCGCUAACAUAGUAGCAUGGUACUUUGUCAAUAUGCGUAAAAUAAACACUAACUGCACGGUGUCUUUGCUUUUAACCAAGAAUCGAGACUGUUCUACGUCCAUAUAUAUAAAGAAUUCAGGGAUUUAAGCAUUUAUUCACAAUAAUUUUUGCCAGAAAAGUUCCUGUUACGACAGACGGCCGCUAGCCUCAUUCGCUAACAUCAUAGCAUUGUACUUGGUCAAUAUACGUAAAAUAAACGCCAACCGCGUGUUUUCUUUGCUUUUAACCAAGAAUCGAGACUGUUCUACAUCAAUAUCUACAAAGAAUUCGGGGAUUUUAGCAUUUAUUCACAAGAAUGUUCGCCCAGAAAGGCUCUGUUUACGUCAGGUGGCUGCUAGCCUCAUUUGCUAACAUAGUAGCAUUGUACUUCAUCAAUAUACGUAAAAUAAGCGCUAACUGCAUGGUUUCUUUGCUUUUAACCAAGAAUCGAGACUGUUUUGCGUCCAUAUCUAUGAUGAAUUCGGGGAUUGAAGCAUUUAUUCACAAGAAUUUUCUCCAGAAAAGCUCCUGUUAUGCCAGGCGACCGCUAGCCUCAUUCGCCAACAUAGCAGCAUGGUAGUUUGUCAAUAUACGUAAAAUAAACGCUAACUGCACGUUUUCUUUGCUUUUAACCAAGAAUCGAGACUGUUCUACGUCCAUAUAUAUAAAGAAUUCGGGGAUUAAAGCAUUUAUUCACAAGACGUUUAGCCAGAAAAGCUCCUGUCACGACAAGCGGCCGCUAGCCUCAUUCGCUAACAUCGUAGCAUUGUACUUGGUCAAUAUACGUAAACUAAACGCUAACUGCGCGGUUUCUUUGCUUUUAACCAAGAAUCGAGACUGUUCUACGUCCUUAUCUAUGAAGAAUUUGGGGAUUUUUUUGGCAUUUAUUCACAAGAAUUUUCGCCAGAAAAGCUCCUUAUAUGCCAGGCGGCCGCUAGCCUCAUUCGCUAACAGUAUAUAGUUUAUAAUGAUGAAGGGCUAUUCUAUUCUAUAAUAAAUUGUGAUUGUAUAUAGAAGUUAUUUUCUGUUUACAUAUUAUUUGUAAUUGAUUCGGCAUGUUUUCCUCAAGUCUUAAGUCUUUCUGAUGUUAAAUUGAGUGAAUUAUUAGCUGUUGAAAAUUUAGUAAAAAAAUAAAAUAAAAAAAUUGCUAUUUUGGUCAAAAACCUAUAUGAUAUAUUAAAUAUUGCUAUUUAUCCUGAAAAUAUAGGUGAUUAUCUCUGCAUUUGGGGAUUUUUGUGCAUCUAGUGUAAAAUCUGAGACUUUUAUAGCCAUUUUAAGUUGUGUUUAUACUUAUAUAAAUAAUAAUCGGGAUUUUAUAAGGGAACGACUUUGAAAUUUUUUAAAGCCACUGCUCAUGGAGACUCAUAUAUGGCUCAGGUAGUGCCUGUUUUGGUUUUAGGUCGGUAGCAGCUUUGGUUUUGUAAAUAUUUGAAAAAUUGAAGUUUUUGAAAAGAGGAAUCAACCCCGUUUCCUGUGUCAUGUCAAUAGAUGAGGAAGUCUAUGGUGAAUACUGUACAGUGACUUUUUCCUCUUUCAAACGAUCAAUAAAAAUGAGCAAAUCAUGAAAACAUGCAAAUUCCCGUGCGGAUGUACUUGUUUUUCUUGGUGCAUGUAAGGUCAAGUCUGUGUAUUUAAUGGCAGAUGUAGAUUGUCUGAAGGCGUUCUCUCGGCUCAGGAUGUUGCCCUUACAAUCGAAGAAGUCAGCUUCCUGUGGAGGAAACCAUCAAAGAAUGGACAAAAGUCGGCCCAGACGCAGAGUUCCCAGCACUCGUUCACCCAGCAGCAGGGUGGAGAUGGAGUAAGAGUCGCUUUUCAAAUGCACUUGGUGGCUGGUUUAUCCCCUGAUGGAUUUUGGAUGCUAUGACGGUUUUUCCCGUCGGAGGGAUACGCUAUAAGGAUCGACAUGUCCAAUGAAAGUUGUGGUUUACCCUUGGACACGGACGUGUUGGGCUUGACUUGUAUCUACGGUCUGGUUUUCUCUGUUGGAUUGCCUUCUAACCUGCUGUCCCUCUGGGGGUUGUACCACCUUUGCCGCUCAGGUAGCGGCGGCUGCCAGCUGGUCUACAUCCUCAACCUCCUUCUCUCCGACCUCCUGCAGUUGCUCACACUCCCGUUAUGGAUGCUGUACCUCCAGGGAGCCCACCGCUGGCCCUACGGCCGACUUGCCUGCGAGUUAGUAGGCUACGUCUUCUACGUUAACGUCUACGCCAGCGUCAUGUUCCUGUGCCUGAUCGCGCUGGACCGUUGCCUGGCCAUCGUGUUCCCGCUGAGCAGUCGCAGGGUGAGGACGGUCCGGGUGGCCGUCGUGUCGGGCUCGGCCGUGUGGACGCUCACCUUUCUCUUCUGCCUUUUCGGACUCUUACCGUCCGUCUUCGACUCGGAGCGACUGCUGUGUCUGGAGCAGUACCCCGUCAGCCCAAGAUAUGCUCACUUCAAAAUUACCACCGUGGCUCUGGGUUUCCUGUUGCCAGGCGCCAUACUCGGCUACACUUCAACACACAUCUGGGUCACUCUGCGCCACUCCCCCUCCUUAUCGGCUCACGAGCGUCGCAAGAUCGUGGGCGUCCUAGUGGUCAUUACUGUCAAUUUCAUCGCUGUGUUUGGACCUUACCACCUGGUGGGCGGGUACAGAUUCGCGUCCUUGCUGAGGACCGACGAGCCGUGCGAACUGGAGCGCUCCAUCUUUUUGCUUUACCGCCUCUGCUAUGGGUUGACGAGCCUGAACACGAUGCUCGAUCCUCUCUUCUACAUCUUCCUGUGCGCCGAUGCCCGGCUGGAGCUGCGGAGGUCGCUGCCCUGCUUGGGACGUGGCAAAGACACAGCUGCGAGCCCCAGAGUUCAUAUGGAUUCCCGGAGAGACAAGGAAAGUGGAUGUGAAAAUCCUAUCAUAACCUAGAUAAGCAGUUAAAAUAUCAUAGACUUCAAGAUCAGUUGACGGGAAACAGGAUGCAGAGUCGCUCCAUAGGGGGCCUAUUUUUAAAAACUUAAAAUUUAAAUAUUUUUAAAUAUUAUCUCUCUUUUGAAUGGAUGUAAAAGCAUAAAUGGACACAAAUGGAGUAAGGCAACAAAGGAGUGGCUUCGUAAGAAGCAUUUCAAGGUCCUGGAUUGGCCUAGCCAGUCUCCAGAUCUCAACCCUAUAGAAAAUCUGUGGAGGGAGUUGAAAGUCUGUGUUGCCCAACGACAAAACAUCACUGCUCUAGAGGAGAUCUGCAUGGAGGAAUGGGCCAAAAUACCAGCAACAGUGUGUGAAAAGCUUGUAAAGAUUUACAGAAAACGUUUGGCCUCCGUUAUUGCCAACAAAGGGUACAUAACAAAGUAUUGAGAUGAAUUUUUGGUAUUGACCAAAUACUUAUU